CAGAAAUCUAAUUAAUGGGACUAUUUUAUUAAAAAAGAGGACAAUUAAUGACAAAGAAAAGAGAUGUAUCUACAGACUACAGAGUAUACAGUACAGAUCGAGUGGUUAUAGAAGAUGCCUCGGCCCCCCUUAUUCAGUUCAUCGUUAUCACUUGGUAUAGCAUAUUUAUAUUAUUGAUAUUUGUUUACCCAUACAUCGUCCAUUCCAUAUUUCGGCACAGGUUAUGGAUAAUGGGGUGAGAAAGCAUGUCCCGAAUGAUCCUGCUGCUUCAAACUCUGAUCCCGUGCUGAACUACAUUUCCCAGAUUCUACUAGAGGAGGAGGAGGAAAAGGAGAGCAUUGAUGGGUUCUUUGAUGCCACUGCUCUUAGAGCUGCUGAGUAUUCCUUUUAUGAAGCAUUGCAUGGGAAUAUCACUUCCUUACCCUUUUACAGCAAUGCAGGAAGAGGCUCCGGGCAUGGUGUUGAUGCCAUUGUUAAUCCUGGAGAAUUGGAAUCAUCAUGUGUCACAAAUGAGUCUCUCCCUGAUCUCGCCAUCCAGUUAUCAUCAGCAUCACCUAAUUCUGGGUUAAGAGGGUUUUCUUCAUAUAGCUUUGAUAGUGCAAUCAUGUCUUCCCUUAGAGCUACUUCAAGGAUUCGAAAUGUGUUUGGCGGCAAUGAUGAUACCGAGUCCAUAUUGGAAUUACAGAGAGUGAUGGAGGAAGCUGCAGCUGGUAGAGGCAAGAAGCAUCACUACUGUCCACAAGAAAAUGAGUUAGAAGAGAGGAGCAGCAAGCAGUCUGCAGUAUACGAGGAGGUUAAUUUGUCGCGAGUGUUUGAUAAGGUUUUGUUAUGCUGUGAUGAAGAAGAAGAUGGUCCAUCUCGAGUCGGACAGAAAGGAGGAAGACGUCACUAUUCAAGGAAACGGGGAGAUAAUUGUGAGAUUGUUGUGGAUGUGGUGUCUCUUUUAACCAGUUGUGCACAACCUAUUAAUGAUGGUGAUUACAGGGGUGCACAAGCUGAAUUAAAGAAGAUCAGGCAGAACUCCUCACCCACGGGCAAUGCAGAUCAAAGGCUCGCUCAUAUAUACGCAGACGCUCUAGAGGCACGAUUAACAGGUACUCACACACGAGUAUACCAACCUAUAUCUCCUAAGAGCUUGAUAGUUUCUGAGUUGGCCAAAUCUGACAUGACAGAGUGGCCAAUCAUGAGAAUGUCAGUUUUCUUUUCAAAUACAAUGAUUUACGAGGCAGCUUCAAGAUGUUCAUCGUUGCACAUAAUAGAUUUUGGCAUUCUUCAUGGAAUCCAGUGGCCCACUCUUAUUCGAGAUCUUUCAAAAAGACGUGGUGGCCCUCCAAGACUUCGAAUAACCGGGAUUGAGCUUCCUCAACCUGGUUUCCGUCCAUCACAAAUGCUAGCGGAGACAGGUCUUCGCUUGGAAAAUUUUUGCAAAUGCUUCGGUGUACCAUUCAAGUUCAAUGCAUUAACAGCACAACAUUGGGAGGCAAUUAAGAUUGAUGACUUGAAACUUGUGAGUGGUGGUGAAAUGAUUGCUGUUAACUGUAACAUACGAUUUGAACACCUAUUGGACGAGACUGUAGUUGCUGGGUACAACCCUAAGGAUGAAGUUUUAAACUUAAUCCGGGAAGUAAAUCCUGAUAUAUAUGUACAAACUGUGGAAAGUGGAGGGUAUAACUCUCCUUUCUUUCUUCCUCGCUUUCAAGAGUCUCUCCUCUUCUUCUCUGGUAUUUUUGAUGCGUGUGAGGCUUUUUUACCACACAAUCAUCCUCAAAGAUUGAGUCUUGAGCAAGAGUUUCUCGGACGCGAUAUAAUGAAUGUCAUUGCAUGUGAGGGCAUUGAAAGAAUAAAGAGGCCCGAGACGUACAAGCAGUGGCAAUCUCGCAUUUUGAGGGCCGGAUUCAAACCUUUUCCCUUAAAGCCUCGCCUCUUCAAGAAGUUGAUAGCCAAGGCCCGAGCAUCAUAUCAUCAUAAUGACUUUAUCUUUAUUGAAGAUGGCAUAUGGAUACUGCAAGGCUGGAAAGGUCGGGUUUUCAUCGGCAGCUCUUGUUGGGUGGCUGCAUGAGAGACUCACAAUCCCUCGUAGUUUGGUAGUCUGAGAAACGAGAAACUUCACCGCUUAGCGUUUUAAUGUCUAAUAGGACUUUUCAAUGCAAAUUAGUGUUUGUUCAAGCAAGUUUGUAUGAAAUUUACUCAAACAACAUAAUGCAAUAUGUUGCGUAAUAUUUCUUACAUUUUCCAUUUAAUUAUGAACCAAAAUAAUGUACGAAGUACUAAUUUAUGUGUAUCAUCAAGUUGGACUAUUUAUAUCUUUAAUUAUUUU